GCCCGGAAACACUAGCACUCCAAAACGUUGUUUUGAAUAAUUGGAACAUUUCUCUGAAUUGGACCACCAGUGUCAAUGCUUUCGCAAAACUUUUCAGAAUGAACCCACUAACCAAAGUGAAAUUAAUAAAUGAGUUGAACGAGAGGGAGGCGAGUCUUGGUGUGAAGGAAUCCGUGUCAUGGCAUUCAGAAUACAAAGAUAGCGCAUGGGUAUUCGUAGGUGGUUUUCCUUAUGAGCUAACCGAGGGCGAUAUACUCUGUGUUUUCUCACAGUAUGGAGAAAUUGUCAAUAUUAACCUUGUACGUGACAAGAAGACAGGGAAGUCAAAGGGUUUCUGUUUUAUCUGUUAUGAGGACCAGAGGAGUACUAUCUUAGCUGUGGACAACUUCAAUGGCAUAAAGAUUAAAGGACGUACCAUCCGAGUGGACCAUGUUGCUAACUAUCGUCCUCCCAAAGACUCAGACGACAUUGAUGAUGUCACAAAAACCUUGCGUGACCAGGGGUGUGCCCCAAAGUUGUCUUCAUCCUCAUCUGAGUCAGAGGAAGAAGAUGAUCUUGUUGUGCCCUUGAAGAAGUCAAAGAAAGAUAAGAAAGAAAAGAAGAAAAAGAAGAAGGACAAAAAGGAGAAGAAGAAAGAGAAGAGGAAGGUGACUCCUGCGGAGGACAGAAGAGCAGAUGAGAACCAUCAUCAUCAACCAUCAUCGCCGUCCACGUCUGUGCCUGUGAAGAAAGAGAGGAUGGACGUGGGGUACGAGAAAUACGCCAAAAAAGGCCCAACAGACUCUCGACCUCCCAGAGGCGACCCAAUGGAACCAGGCACCCACAACGCUAGAGCGAAGGAGAGACAGGAGGGUGGACCUUCCAAGGACUGGCACAGCAGUGACCACAGAGACAGAGAGAAGGGAAGGGUGAAGGAAGAAGACCGGAGGAGAGACUGGUCAAGAGACGGUAGGGCCACUUCACCCAGGGAUAGACACAGGAUGGAUAGAGAAGAAAAGCCAGUGCACCAAGACUCCCGUCCACGUGAAAGCUGGGACAGAGAGCGAGAGAGAGACAGGGAAAGGGACCGAGAGAGAGACUGGGAUAGUGACAGAGAGAGAGAGAGGGAUCGGGACAGAGAGAGGGAGAGAGAAAGAGAGAGGGACAGAGGGAGAGACAAGGACCGAGACAGAGAGAGGGACAAAAAGUACAGGUGAAAGAGCGAUACAUGUGGAAUCAUCACCAAUGAAUUGCGCUCACUCUAAAAGUGAGCAUCUGGGAGAUUAUGUGCUGUGUUUUCCUCCUCUAGUGCAGGUAAUACAUGGGACCUUUCCCUUAUCAUGGAGGACUCUACAGUUCUCACGGCUUUUGAACUGUAUUGUUUUAGCAGCUGUCACUCUCUACCAUGCAUUUGGAUGUUGGUGGUUUUGCUUCUGCUUUAUCAUUUUAUGUUUGUGUUUUGCCAAUAAGUAAAUAACGUCCUUUUGGAAAUAAUAAUAAAAAAAAUGUCAUAGCCAUGGCAAAUUACUUAAUUUAA